CUGGUCCCGUUACAUUUGGAAAGAUGGCCAGUAGUCCUGCUUAGGGGCUGAACUUUGUUUUCUCUUAGCUCAAGAAAAAAUACGUUGUAASCAAACGUGGCGAGACAAAGGCGUUGAAAAGAAACGGAAGAAGUAUGCCUAGAUUGCCAUAACCUUUUUUUAAAUGGCCAUACGGGAAUUAAAAGUGUGUCUUCUAGGAGAUACAGGAGUGGGCAAGUCUAGUAUUGUAUGUCGUUUUGUACAAGACCAUUUCGACCACAACGUCAGUCCAACGAUAGGGGCAUCGUUUUUAACCAAGACGGUGCCGUGUGGACAUGAACUACACAAGUUCCUCAUCUGGGACACAGCGGACAGGAAAGGUUCCACUCGCUGGCUCCCAUGUACUACCGAGGCUCUGCCGCCGCUGUCAUAGUCUAUGACAUCACCAAACUGGACUCUUUCCAGACACUGAAGAAAUGGGUGAAGGAGCUGAAGGAUCACGGUCCCGAGGACAUCAUUGUAGCCUUGGCAGGCAACAAGAAGGAUUUGGGGGACAUCAGGGAAGUUCCUAUGAAGGAAGCGAAGGACUUUGCUGAGUCCAUCGCAGCCAUCUUCAUGGAGACCAGCGCCAGAAACGAUGUCAAUGUGGAGGAGCUCUUUCAGAAGAUCAGUAAGUGUGUUUUAGUUUAGAGUUUACGUCGGCGU